AUGGCGUGUGUCACCACGCAGCAGGUGGUGGACGUAUGCACUCGGGGGCCACAGCAGAUCUUGAAUCAGUUCCGGAAGUAUUCCUACUUGCUGAAGGAAAAGGUGGAAGAUCUGGACCCCACUGACAUUGAUGGGUGCAGAGAACGCAUUCAAGCCUACAGACAAGCAAAGUACGAAGUGCAAGUGCUGUCCGAGAGCCUUGUGGACUUCCCUCUCUUUCGGCUUCGAUGCUCUUCGAUGACCAAUUUGUUGGCUGAAAAGGCGGAGAAGCUGGCCCAGGAGUGCCUUCGCCAAUGCAGCCAGUGCAUCGAAGAAAGAGCGGAUGAGAUCCUCAACGAAUGGGACUCCACCCACAAGCGGAUUCUUUCAAGCCCUGAGUCGGAGAAAGACAUGGCCGACUUGAGGGAGUUCAUGGAGGUGGUGCAGAAAAAGGUGGUGAAACCCUUGAUGGAACGCACGCGGGUGGUGCAUCAGCAAAUGAACAUGGUCGAAGAUUUCAAUCACGAUAUUGGGGGCGAAGUCGUGGAGAAAGCCUUUCGCUCGUUUGAGUGGCCCUUCCAGAUCAACAUGGAUGUCAUGGAGGCAGACCGACAGCUCAACAAGGACAAGAUUGCUUUCAUGGAACAGCUGACGCGUGAAGUGGAAGAAUAUCAGGUGGACUUCCAGAAAUACCAAGCAGAGUUGGAAUGGGUGAAGAGUUUGGAGUCCUAUGCCGUGGCUGGGCAAGUGGCGCAACGCGUUCAGACCCUCCAGGACAACCUCGUACGUGCGACUGAUCGCGUCAAGUCCUUCUCUGACCGUGAGAAGUUGUUCCAGAUUGAUCAGAAGGAUUAUUCAGAGCUUGAGGUGGUGCAAGACGAGUACAAGCCUUACUUCGACUUGUGGUCAAUGGCCAUUGACUACAAUGGGUGCGAAGAGGAGUGGCUCACGGGGAAGUUGGCGAACCUGUCAGCCGUGGAGGUUGAACAGGCGGUGGACGACAACUACAAGGACUCCUACAAGGCCUUCAAGUCCUUCGAAGGGUCUCCGAACCCCCAGAAGGUGGCGCAGGAGCUUCGGAGCGCCGUCCAAGCCUUUAAGAAGAACAUGCCCAUCAUUCAGGGCCUGUGCCAACCUGCGAUCAAAACCUCGCAUUUGCUGCAGCUCUUCGAGGACAUGGAUGUCGACAUCGACAUGGAGGAUGGCCUGACCUUGACCAUGUGCCUGGAGGCUGGUAUGCUGGACCAUGUGGAGAAGGUGGAGGCCAUCAGCACCUCUGCACAGAAGCAGCAUGGCUUGAAGGUGGCCCUGCAGACCAUGAAGAACGAAUGGAAAGCCAUGGCGUUCGGCACACUGCCCUACAAGAACACGGGCACCUUCUUGCUGAAAGGAGCUGAUGACGUCCAAGCACUGCUGGAUGAUCACAUCAUCAAGACACAGGCAGUUCGAGGCUCACCCUUCGUGAAGCCCAUCGAGAAGGAGGUGAAGGACUGGGAGGCCAAGCUUAUUUACAUUCAGGAUCUGCUGGAGCAGUGGCUGAUGGUGCAGAGGACCUGGCUCUACCUGGAGCCGAUCUUCAGCUCCGAGGAUAUCGUCCGCCAGAUGCCUGACGAAGCCAAGAAGUUCCAGGCCGUGGACAAGUUGUGGCGUGACACAAUGAAUUCGGUCGAUGAGAACCCCUUGGUCCUGGACGUCUCGGAGAUCGAGAACCUCCUACUGCACUUCUCAGACGCCAACAAGAAGUUGGAUCAGAUUCAGAAGUGUCUCAACGACUAUUUGGAAACCAAGCGCUUGGCAUUCCCGCGCUUCUUCUUCUUGUCGAAUGAUGAGCUGUUGAUGAUUUUGUCGCAGACAAAGGACCCAACGGCCGUGCAGCCACACAUGGGGAAGUGCUUCGAAGGCAUCAACAAGGUGCGCUUCGAUCAAAACGAUGAGAUCAUCGAGGCCAUGCUCUCGGUGGAAGGCGAAGUGGUCGAGCUCGUGCAUCAGGUGAACGUGAACGAAGGCGACAAGAAAGGCAACGUCGAGCGAUGGCUCUUGGAAGUACAAGACUCCAUGAUCAAGACCUUGACCAAGAUCAUGGGCGAUUCCGUGCGCGCCUACGCGGAGACCUCCCGUGGCCAGUGGGUCCUGGAGUGGCCAGGGCAGGUGGUCAUCGCUGUGGACAACAUCUACUGGACUCAAGAAGUGGCUGAAGCCAUUGAGAAGGGCAAGCUUGAAGACUACUACCAGGCCACGGGUUUCGGCUUCGGGGAGUGGUGCGCCCGCCAGGUCUGCGCAUCUCAGUUGCACGAUCUGGUGGAAUUGGUGCGUGGAGAGCUCUCCAAAUUGGCACGCCGAACGCUCACAGCCAUGGUCACGAUCGAUGUGCACAAUCGGGACGUGGUGGGCAGUUUGCGUGAUGCCAAGAUCAGCUCUGCGAAGGACUUUGAUUGGAUGGCACAACUCCGCUACUACUGGGCCCCAACCGGAUCCAUCAUCAUGUACGAGACGCAAAAGCCCAGCACGACCGACAACUGUCAAGUGUCCAUCAUCAAUGCCACUCUCCUCUACGGCUUUGAGUACUUGGGCAACAGUGAUCGGCUGGUGGUCACGCCACUGACGGACAGGUGCUACCGGACCCUCAUGGGAGCCUUCCACCUCUUCUACGGCGGAGCACCCGAGGGACCCGCCGGCACAGGCAAGACCGAGUCCACCAAGGACUUGGCCAAGGCCAUGUCGGUUCAAUGCGUGGUCUUCAACUGCUCCGAUGGCCUGGAUUACUUGGCCAUGGGCAAAUUCUUCAAAGGCCACGAGCUGGCCAUGACACUGAUAUUGGAAGACAAUACGUUCAACCGAAUCGACUUGGAAGUCUUGUCCGUGAUUGCACAACAGGUGGCAUGCAUCCAAGAGGCGAUUCGGAUGAAGAAGCGCCGCUUCAUCUUUGAAGAGACCGAGUUGGAGUUGAUCCCCACCUGCGCGGUCAACAUCACCAUGAACCCUGGCUAUGCUGGCCGCUCUGAGCUGCCGGACAACCUGAAGGCCUUGUUCCGCCCUUGCGCCAUGAUGGUGCCGGAUUAUGCAUUGAUUGGAGAGAUCGUGCUCUACUCUGUGGGCUUCGGCAACGCCAAGCCCUUGGCGGCCAAAGCGGUGGCCUCGUUGCGCUUGGGAUCCGAGCAGCUCUCGUCACAGGACCACUACGACUUUGGCAUGCGUGCGCUGAAGUCAAUUUUGGUGGCUGCGGGACAACUGCGAAAGAAGUUUGGGAGCAGCCGUGCAGAGGACAUUUUGAUGCUCUCAGCGCUCAACGAUGUGAACCUGCCCAAGUUCACCUCCAACGACAUCCCUCUCUUCUUGGGCAUCACUGGCGAUUUGUUCCCAGGAACCAAGCUACCACCGUCCGACUACGGCAAGCUGAUCAACGAAUUGGAAGGAGCAGCUCGGGCGCGUCACCUGCAGCCGAAGGCGUCCUUCAUUCACAAGUGCACACAGCUUUGGGAGACGAUCAUGGUCCGACACGGCUUGAUGGUGGUUGGCAUGAACGUCUCAGGGAAGACAGAGGUCGAAAACGUGCUUUCAGCGGCUUUGGCUGCUGUGGCCGACGGUGACUUGUACCUGCCUUGCCAGAUUCACAAGAUCAACCCAAAGUCCAUCAAGCAGGGCCAACUCUAUGGCGAUUUCGAUGAGAACACCCACGAGUGGACCGACGGCAUCCUCGCCUUGACGGUCCGCUACACGGCGAACGCAGACCCUUCGCACCGGCAGUGGAUCAUGCUCGAUGGGCCAGUGGACGCAGUGUGGAUUGAGAACAUGAACACUGUCCUUGAUGACAACAAGAAGCUCUGUUUAAACAGUGGCGAGAUCAUCAAGUUGAGCCCCGUCACCACGAUGAUGUUCGAGGUGGAGGACUUGACCUUUGCAUCUCCUGCCACGGUGUCGCGGUGUGGCAUGGUCUUCAUGGAGCAGCGUGAACGGGUCUUUGCCUUCCGCGACUUUGUGGUCAAGACCUGGGACCUCCACGACGCACACUGGACGGGGAGAACGGUGCUGGAUGUGGCCGGAGGCAAGGGGGACCUGUCGUGGCUGCUGGCGAAUGCCGAUGCCUUGGACUCGGUGGUCGUGGAUCCCCGCUGCACGGAUCACACGAAGAUCACCCGGACAGCCAAGUGGCACUUUGAGACGCGUCAUGAAGAUGAAAGGUCUUUGACUGAAGAUCGUGGACCCCAAGGGCCCCUUCGACACUUGGCGCUGCAGCCGCCCUGGCGACCUCCACGACACCUACGGGUCUACAUGGACCAGGAGCUGCUGGAGCAUCGUCGUAAGCCCUUUGUGGAGUGGAAGUUUUUCUGGGAGGAGGCGUCGAAGAGAGCCGAGCAGACGGAGCGCUGCGGGCAUCACCAAUCACUGGAGUUGGAGAACAGUCAAGGAGCCCCUCGUGCUGUGCGCAUUGAGGAGGCUGCAGAGGCCCUUGAGGCGAUUCACUCCUGUAGCCUCAUCUUGGGCUUCCACCCCGACCAGGCCACCGAAGCCUGCAUCGACCUGGCGUUAGAGCUCCAAAGACCCUUUGCGGUUUGCCCCUGCUGUGUUUUUCCGAAAGACUUUCCCGAGCGCAAGCUGUAUGGCCGUACGGUGAAGACCUACCCCGACUUCAUCGAGUACCUACGGCAGAAGCAUCCGUCCAUGCGCUUUAAAGACUUGUGCUUUGAGGAGGGGGGCUACUCAAGGAGCAUUGUCCUCUACAUGCUGCAGGAGGACUUUGACGGCGAGGAAGUGAAAAAGAUGCGUCGGGAUACGACGGGUGGAUGGUUCGAGGCAGUUCUCCGCCACAUGGUUCCCAAGUUGACUGAAACUUAUGAGGGAAUUACAGUGGAAAAGGCAGAAGAAUACCAGCAGCUCGAAACAGCUCCCGAGCGGCUGCAGGACGACAAGACCAGCGACUGCGGCGAACAGUUGAAGACGCUUUUUGAGACGAACGUGGAUCAAUGCUGGGAGAUGUGCCAGCGCAAGGCGGGGACCUUGAAGACGUUCAAUGCCGGCUGCCGGGCAGGGAACUACAUCCCAAAAACUUGA